CGUUAACAUGGCGAAACGCACCAAGAAGGUCGGAAUCGUGGGCAAAUACGGGACCCAUUAUGGUGCCUCCCUCAGGAAAAUGGUGAAGAAAAUUGAAAUCAGCCAGCACGCCAAGUAUACAUGCUCUUUCUGUGGCAAAACCAAGAUGAAGAGAAGAGUUGUGGGCAUUUGGCACUGUGGUUCCUGCAUGAAAACAGUAGCUGGUGGUGCCUGGACCUACAACACCACUUCUGCUGUCACAGUAAAGUCUGCCAUCAGAAGACUGAAGGAAUUGAAGGACCAGUAGAAGCACCACCAUUUGAUAAUGUUGCUAGCCUAUAAUAAAUGGGUUAAUUUAU